AUGCGUUUCUCAUUACGACGAUUAAGUAUGGCAUGGGGUCGGAUUGGUCAUCAACGUGGAAAAGUUGAAUAUACACUUUCAUCCCAUGAACAAAAUCCAUAUGCUGGUGUUUUUGGUGAUGUUACAUAUCGAUAUUAUUCUCAACUUUUAAAAACAAUUAUCGCUAUAUGGGUGCCUAAUAUGCUUCUCGGUUAUUCAGCUUAUUCAUGGGCAAAUUGGGAAUAUGAUCGUUGUACACGAAAAAUUCCUCAUCAAUUUGUGAAUGAAAAACUACCAGAAAAUGAAAAAGAUGUAGCAAGUGGUGAUAAAUAA